CCCGUUUCCUGCGGUGGUUGCAGCGGUUCGGGCGGCGGGCGGGGGACUCGCGCCUCUGCUGGAUUGCUCCUUAUGGCCGGUUGCCUGUGUGUGGGGUCUGACUUUUGACUGUAAGCACCAUCUGGGAGCAGAGUCCGUCGUCUUUCCGCUUGGGUGCAAAAGCAAGGCUUUCUGGGCUUGUCUGGCUCUGGCGUUCUACUUUGUCCUGUAGACGGGAACGGGGGAAGGAGCCCAGACGUGGCAACACAUUCCCAAGCCCCUGCAGGACCACCAUGGCAUAUGAUGACUCCAAGAAAAAAGAAGACUGCUUAGAGAGUGAUCAGGUUGAUGGUCUGGGACUAGUAGCAGGCAGAACCCAGCGGGAAAAGAAACGUUCCUACAAGGAUCUACUUCGGGAGGAGGAGGAGAUAGCUGCUCAGGUCAGAAAGAAUUCAAAGAAACAGCUGAAGGAGAGUGAACUCUUCUUAUUGGGGGCAGAGCCUCAUAAGAAGAAGAGGAAGCAUUCCUCCAAUGAACACGGAUACAAAGAUCUUUCCCCUUUUGAGCUAUCCCUGCCUUUGGAGUCAUCAUCCAAGAACAAGAAGAAGCUUGUUUUGACAUCCCCUUCUGCUGAUACUGCCAUGGAUUUACUUAAGGCCAUUACUUCACCUUUGGCUACUGGCUCCAAGUCCUCUAAAAGGACCUCUGAAAAAUCAUCUCAUUCCUCAUUCCCGGCCUCUGGUCAUUCAGAGGGCAAGAAGGACCACCACAAGAAAAAGCUGAGUGGGAGCAGCAGUGACUUGUCGGUGGAUGAUGGCACUGUCCAUAAGUCCAAAAAGAUGAAACCUCCCUUGCUGAACACUGAAAUGCUGACUUUGAGGGAGCCUGAUGGCUUAAAGAUGAAACUCAUCCUCUCACCUAAAGAAAAGGGAGGGAGUGCAGGAGAAGAGCCCUUUCCACAUGCUCCAGCCAUUAAAAAACCUUCUAAAAAGUCCACUCGGGAUGAGCAGGGCUCUCAACUCUCAAGUCAUGACGUGCAUAGCCUCUUGAAGUCUUCCCGAAAGAAGCACAAGCCACCAGCAGAUCCACACACCCCUCCAGCCGCUGACAGCUUCAGCCCAGAUGCAUCCCUUUUUUCAGAGGGCCAAGGCAGUGAGUUUGAGCUUUCAGGCAUGGAACCCCAACUAGAAUCUGGUUCAUCUUCUGGAGGUGAGCUGGAAGCUGGAGAGCUGAUCAUCGACGAUUCCUACCGGGAGAUAAAGAAGAAGAAGAAAUCAAAGAAGAGUAAAAAGAAGAAGGACAAGGAGAAGCACAGGGAGAAGAAGCACUCCAAGUCAAAGAAGAGCUCGGGGCUGUCAUCUUCUUUGGCAGUGGCAGAGGUCACAGCCCCACUGCCAGUCUCGCCCACCAGCACAUCUUUUGCCAUUCCUGUUCCUCCACCUCCCUCGCUGUCGCCCCCUGUCUUCCAUGCAGACGGCCAGGGUGAGAAGAAGAAGAAGAAAGAAGAAAAAGAGAAGGCUGAGAAACUAGAGAAAGAAAAGCCAAAGAAGAAAAACAUGUCUGCCUAUCAAGUAUUCUGUAAAGAAUAUCGUGUAAAUAUUGUGGCUGAACAUCCAGGAAUAGAUUUUGGUGAACUGAGCAAAAAACUGGCAGAAGUUUGGAAACAGCUUCCAGAGAAAGAGAAACUGGCUUGGAAGCAGAAGGCUCAGUAUUUGCAACACAAGCAGAACAAGGCAGAGGCUACCACAGUGAAAAGGAAAGCAACAUCAUCUGAGGGUGCCCCAAAACUGAAAGCUUCUCUAACAGGUGGGCUUUCACCCCAUAAGAAAUCUCCAUCUAGCACUGUAGUGUUGUCAUCCUCACCAGUUAAAGUUCCUGAAACAGAUCCCAUUGAUGUAGCUGCACAUCUACAAUUAUUGGGGGAGUCUCUGAGUCUUAUUGGACACAGGCUGCAAGAAACAGAGGGGAUGGUGGCUGUAUCUGGAAGCUUAUCAGUUCUCCUGGAUUCAAUAAUUUGUGCCCUAGGUCCUUUAACGUGUUUGACAUCUCAGCUACCUGAAUUAAAUGGUUGCCCUAAACAUGUUUUGUCAAACACAUUGGACAAUAUUGCCUACAUAAUGCCUGGGCUCUGACAGGCAAAGGACUAUGUGAGGUUACUUGCUACCACGAAAUUGGUGUACAUAUGCAUAUAUUCGUGUGGUAAACUGGCAUUUUUUAAGAGAUCGACAUGUAGGCUUUUAACGAAUAGAAAUACAACACUCUAACAAAUGAUUUUUAUGAAAUGUUCUAAACCCAUUUUGUGGGCAACAGGGUUGAAGACUCUCAAUACUUUGGCCUUCACAUGGAAGAAGACAGAAGUCAAUAGGAUCAGUAUUCCUUGGCAAAAUUGAGAAGGUUUUGUGGACACAAUUCUGUUAAUAUUUUAAAUGACAAAAAACCUAUUUCUCUGAGAGAAAUCAGUUGUAUGGAAAAUUUAUUAACUGAAGAGUCCAUGUCCAUGUUAAAAUCAGCGCUGGAAAAGAAUGUUGCAAUUCACUUUUUUCCCCAAGAGCGUGUCUUAACACCAAGAAUCAGCCUGUUGAAUCUCCUGAUCAUACGUUGUGGAGGAUAAACACUGAUUCUGGUGUGGUGAGUGAUUUUUUUUUCUUAAAUUGUUAAGGGAAACAAGGACAUCUUAAUUUUAAAUGUACAGUAAAAUGGGGGAAGAGGGAUGUCAUCUAGCUCCUCCAUAGCUUUUAACUACAUUGUGAUCUGUGGCAUUUGGAAUAUUUAUUGAGUUAUGAAUUGGAUGUAUAUUUAGUUAGUAAUGAAGUAAUGGAAGAAAAGGAAGAGGGUCCCUAAUGAAAUCCAAAAGGCCCACUACCUGAUUAAUCCCAAUUUUAAUAAACCAUGGUCCCCAGUAACAUUUUUUAAAAAGUAGCUAAGGAUAUUACCAAAAGAGAUAAAGGGGGUAGGCCCCUCUACCACUCCCUUCCAAUAAUUAUUUAUCACCAGCAGUAAACGGGAAGAGUCCUGUACUAAUGGUGCUGAUAUGUACAUUGUAGAAGCAGUGAUUAAAGUGACAUUUAGUGGGUUAUUGUUGAGAAAAACAGUGGUUGGACAGGCACUGUAUCCCAAUUUAGUUCUUUGAGUGCCAGUUCCUCUUUGGAAAAGCACUUCAUACUUUCACACACUUAAGUGUGGUAUUUUUACUAUGUUUACUUACCCUUUCAUAGGUAGUCUCUGUAUUAGAUUAAUUUAUAUUGUACAUUUCUGUAUAUAGCUAGAAUUAAAAUAAAUCAAAAUUCCUUUCAGAAGUAUAUAGAAAAUGUGAGCUAGCUCUUAUCUGAACUUCCUUCAAGAAUUAAACAUCUAUGAGGGUCAGAAAUGGGAGGAAAUAGCAGGAAAGGAAUUGCAAGACAGAAUUUUGCAUUCUGUCCUAAACCUGUUUGCUUUUUGUAAUGAAGAGGCUGACAUGACAAGACAGUAAUUUUGAUAGCAGGAGUAAAUUCUGUGCAUUAUUCUUCCAAGCACUUAAGAGUUGUCAUUUCUUAUUAGCAGAAUUAUAAAUUGAUUAGGAUCAAACAAGCAUUUAAGUGUAUGAACACUGUUUCUACUAUCCCUCUUUCCCAAUUCAUCCAAACAAUUUGUUUAUUCACUGGUCUCUUCCACUUAAACCUAAGAAGGACAAGCUAGCUGUAGUACGUACUAUUCUAUACAUAAGCCCAUGUGGUAGAGUCUGCACAUCUGAUCUUAUUGUCUGAACAGUGCCUCAAGCAGCAU